AUGGCCAUAGAUGUCAAAGCGCCUUCACUCAGUGGAACCACAGUCUGGCUCCCUGGAAGGGAAGGCAACGGUUACGAUGUGUCUUUCUCAGCCGAUACCAAGUCCAAGAUCCACGGCAUCUUGGAAGCUUGUGGCGAGGUUGACGACAAGUGCUACCAGGAGGUCCGUCAACUGCUUCGCAAUGCCGACCUGCAGAUCGACGGAGAGCUUGAGCGUCGCGGCUUUGUGCAGUUCCUGUCCAAGACGUUCAAGAAAGUUGGCUCUGUCUUCUCGUUCAUCGCCGGGGUCCUUAUAUCCAACUGGGCCAUGAAGCAAGAACAGCCCACAGGCAUGUUCGUGCCCCAUGAGAUCGCAAGCCAGGCCUCUAAAUUGGAGACGACUACUCCAGUCGUCUCUGCUGACGGCACGGCCGUGGCGACUAUCACGUCGACGCCAGAUCCAACAGUACUUCAGGGGUCACAGACUCCGUCCGUCACCCCCGUAACGGAGCCAGAGGGAGACAGCUCGAGCGGUGAUCUUAUCGCCUUUCUGGAUGAGGACCUCGCAUCACGUAUUGACGAGGUCAUGCACAGAUCUCAAGACUGCGAUGAUGGCCAUGCCUUUGUCCGCGGAGACCAGACGAGAAGAAAACGCGCAAAUGGCGGUUUUGGCAAAGCCAUCUGCGCGGCGGAGGCAGCAGCAGUCAUGAGUCAAAGGGGAGGCCCGUUCAACGACCUUCUGCUGAUCAAUCCAGCUCAUCUGUCCUUCGAUUUUGCCGAGACGGCUGGCGCCGUUGCUCGGGCGGCAAACGUUGCGUCAGACUUUGUCCGGGCAUGUACGCCGAUGCUGGACAUUAGUCCAGCUCUCGCCGAGCAACUAGGGAACCUGCUGUUUGCGUUGGCAGUCAACACAUUGAUCGAGAACAGACCGGUCAACCAGAAUAAUAGGAUUGAGGCAUCCCUCAUUAGGACAGAGGCACCAACGGCUUUGCCGACGAGCUGCCCGGACCCAAAAUCAACCCCAGUGACUUUCGCAUGUUGGACUCUUUACAUGCCUGCGCCUACUGAUUCUACUAUCAUGGCCAGCUUCUGUAGCGAACACCAAGGCUGCGAGUGCAAUGCGCCUUCGGAGAGCAUUGAGAAUAAUGCUUCUGAUGAGGAGCAAAAGUCGAUGAUUAUCAUCGCAGACCUGUUUGAGUCUAUCGGCCCGCCAAACUCCCCGAAAUGCGAACACGAUAAGCUGAGCGAUAUACCGUCCAACGUUUUCUAUUCGUCGGAGAAUAAGGUCUCUGGCCGCUUCUGCGAGCAGUGGGAUGAGAGCACCAAACUUGAGAUGAUCGUUGGUGCUUCAGGCGAGGACAGGAAGCCCCAGUUCGAGGAGUCGCGCUCCCUCCAGCGGCGGACUCCUCCUCCGGAUCCUAGCAACUACUCCAAGUACGACUUCAGGCUGCGCUUCGCGCCGGCCAAAGAGAAGAAGAAAUGUGCGAUGGACUGCAACACGGCGUACUUGACGCUGGCAACAGCUUGCCAGAACAAUGGAGCGGCAAGGUGGACGUGGUCUAUGGAACUUUCGACUAUGCGAUUGAAGAGAAGGUCGUCUACUCGCCAAAGGACCCCCCCCGUGCCUGAUCCCAUCACCCCCGCCAAGACGCCCUUGAAGGUGUUCCCUCGGUUCUGCUUCGCCGCCGAAGCGUUCGGCGACCACGGCGACAUCCAACCCAGCAUGGUGCGCGAUUACAGCUCGUAUCCCUGUUACAGGUCGUCUGCGUGGCCCAUCAAGCAAGGCGACAAGUCCACGUUCCGACGGUGGGCGACCAUGACGAAUAAUGUGCCCUAUCAAUUCAACAUUUACUGGAAGCACGGCUGUGUGUCGGAAGGGCCGGAUGAGGCGUAUUCUACGGACCCCCUCAACAGCGGGAAGCCGGACUACAAGCUUUGCUAUGACACUAUGCGGGACAAUUACAGGAAGUGCAACAAUGGCGGUGUGAGCGGGAACAUCCAGAUUGGGUGCCUGGUCUACGAGUUCAAGGCGCAGGCGGUUCAGUAG